ACAACAGAUUCUUUUUGCACAAACCCGUAUAAAGUUACCUUCUCAAAUCUCAAAUGGAUGCCAUUUUCAAGCUUCUCUCUCUCACUCUCUUCCUUGGCCUCGUUUCCCAAGCUUAUGGAGAAUGCUCCUUGAAGGACAUUAGCAUUAAGCAAUACAAAACUUCAAGUUGGGCACAUGGAAUGCCAGUGUGGAGUGUCAACAUAACCAACAAUUGUAUAUGUACUCAGUCACAAUUGAAGCUCAAUUGCAAAGGAUUUCAAACAUAUUUAUCCGUUGAUCCUGAAAUAUUGGGGGACCCAUCAAAUGAUGAGUGUCUUGUCAAUCAAGGAGAACCCAUUUAUUAUGCUAAACCUCUCAACUUUGCCUAUGCAUGGGAUCCUAAGUUUCCAUUUCAACCAAUUUAUUCCAAAAUUGCAUGUUCUUAGGGUUAGAAGAAAAAAUAAAUACAAUAGUAGUACUAAAUUAUGGAUUGAAUGAAAAAUCUUGAAAUUAAACCUAUGAGACCAAUGCAGCAAUAUAUAUGGUAAUAUAUCAAUUCCUUUUUUAUUAUUAAUCAAA